CCAUACGUUAACUCUGUGAGUGCCACAUGUUGAUGUCGGUAAGGCAAGGGAAUAGGAAGGUAAACAAAUAAUAAUUAGUUAUGUGUUGACGUGUUGUUGUUCUUGUUCUUGUUCAUCAUCACCCGCCACUAUCACUCUCAUAAACACAUUGUCUUCUUAUCCAACCAAUUCUCUCUGCAUUCCACAUGGAGGGUAUCAUCAAGGGCUUAAUCGACGUCGCUAUCGGCCCCGAUCACGCCGAUCGGGAAGAGGAACGCGGUGAUCGCUCCUGGGCUGACCUUGUCUCCGGCGAUCCCCAUCAGGAUCAACCGCCUUCUCAUCAGCAUCAGCAACAAUGGUCCAACCCACCUCGCAAGGAGGAAACAUGGCAAGAGGAUGGUCACAGUUACAGGGCUUCCAACAGGCCUCAUCAUGAACAAUAUCGUCCUGAACACGAUGAGUGCCAAUCCGAAAAUUUCAAUAGUUCUAACAAGCUGGAUGAAGAUCAAGAUGGAUGGCAGACUGUUGGCAAAUCUUCAAGGCAUAAACACAAGGUUCCAAAAGAAAACUGGAACAGCUAUAAACGACCUCCUGAUGAGCAAGAAUACUCUAAUGAGGUAGAAUUUCGUGCUGGUGUGGAACCCUCGGAAGAUGAACUUGCUGAUCUUUCAAGAGCUUGUGAAAAACUGUGGCAUCUUGAUUCAAAUCGUUUGACACCUAACAAAGACUACGAAAUUGACUGUGGUGAAGGCAAAAAGGCUUACCAAAAGGAAGAUAUGGCACAGGGGAGCUUGUUUACUUGGGUUAAUGAUGAUGUAUUCAGAAAGCCUACUUUUGCUCGUUUUCUUUCUCUUUUAGAUAAUUACAAUCCACAUCAAGGAUGUAAGGAAGUAGUCACAUCUGAAGAGAGACAAGAACAAGCUUCUUUCAUAGAAGAAAUCAGUAGAACAGCCCCAAUUAAAUAUCUUCACAGGUAUCUUGCUUCCAAAGGAAUUGUAUCAGAGAGUUACCAAGAAUUCAAAAGAAUGAUGACCAAUCUGUGGUUUGACCUUUAUGGCCGUGGUGGCACUUCUGGUUCCUCUUCUGCUUUUGAACAUGUUUUUGUUGGAGAAAUCAAACAAGCUGGAGAAGUUUCUGGCUUUCAUAACUGGCUGCAGUUUUACCUUGAAGAAGAAAAGGGGAGAAUUGAUUAUCAAGGCUAUAUUUUACCCCGUCGACGGGGAGAAUUUCCUGACUCUGAAACCCAGCUUCUGACUAUUCAGUUUGAAUGGAAUGGUGUUCUGAAAUCUGUUUCAAGCACUUUGGUUGGAGUGAGUCCUGAAUUUGAAAUUGCGUUGUACACCCUGUGUUUCUAUGUUGGCGGGGAGGAUAACCACAUUCAGCUUGGCCCUUAUGAAGUUAACAUCAAGUGCUAUCGUUUAGGCAAUCGAAUUGGAUCUGUUUUCCCCAUUGCAGAUUCUUGAAUUUUCAACAAUGGUAAUAGUUGUUUGCAAUGAAAUUGUUUGUUAUGAAUACUUGAUAACUUGUCGUUCAUAGAUGAAAAGGCAACAAUAUUAAUUAGAACAAGUAGUACAAGGUAGCACAAUAUUUACAGAAGUACAUUUGAUGCCUCUUUUGUCUUGGAUAAAGAUGAAUUAUUGUGGAACUAGUCUGCUUCUUUUUUCUUAAUUUACUCCUCAACGAUAAGUUAUUA